AUGCUGCCCACCACUCUAUCCAUCACCACCACCCACACUCUGCCAGGCUGGGCGCCGCAGCUCUGUCUGCCACGUUAUCUGCAGGAUGACACCUGGCUCAAGACAUGUGCUGUUCUGAGACUGGGUCGGAAACAACCCUUCGAGUGA